AUGUCGGCUACUGCUGCUGCCGCUGGUACCGCCGGCGCUCCGAUCACGGUUGCAGGUCCUUCUGGAGGCACUAGGGGUGCUGCUCGUCGAGGUGGAGAUCGUGCGAAAGGUAAGGGUCGUGCUGCUCCUGCUCCUGUUCCUGGGGCUGCUGUUCCUGCCUGGGGUGUUGCAAGUACGGCUGCAGCCGUAUUAGGAUCGUAUCACCUUCUGGUCUCCUACCGCAAGAUAAUCUCUGUUUAUCUCUCCGAGCACGAGCUCUAUUUCGAUACCAAAAACACAGACCAGGCCUUGUUGAGUUAUGUUGAGUUUGUGGAUAGGCGACGGAAGGAGUUAAAUGCUAAAGCCGGUUCGCCUUCUGCUCUGCCCCCCUCGCUAUCCUAA